AUGCUAAAAAAAAGUAAUAGUAGACCAAGCUAUUCAGCAAAAUCUAGAUAAAAUUUACUUGAAGAUUAAAAAAUAUCUUCAAGCAAAGAGCAUAGUAUUAACACUAGUAAUAAAAGUAGUAGUAAUUUAAGCAAAAAUGUUAAGAGAAUGCAAUCUGCAAAAUUACCUAGUCUAAAUUUAGGUUCACAACCAUAGUCGCAAUUAGAAUCAAUUAUUAGCAAAAAUGCUGAGAAUAAUAAUUCAGCUAAUCUGUUACCUAGGAGAACAAAAAUUCCAUAAUAUUUAAAAGAGAUGAACAUUUUGGAAAAGAAAUAAAAUGAAAAAAUAAUAAAAAAUAUGAAUAAACGUAUAAAUUUUAAGAGGAAUCCUAGAUAUGAGAUUAUUAGACCUCCAAUAUAAUUUACUGAUAUCGAAUCUAAAAAGGACUUAUUGAUAGAUGUGGAUAGUAGCAGUAGCUUAUUUAGGGCAAUACCAUCUUAUAUUUUAUUUUAAAAUUAUCUCAUUAACGAAGUGUAUGAAAUAAAUUUAAAAAUUGUUAAUGUUAGCAAAAUAUCUAGGAGAAUCAAAUUUCUGCCACCUCAAAGUGAUCAAUUCACUAUCAGCAAAGUUGUUUAUCCUGGAGAACUAGCUUCUAAAUAUGAUUUGUUAAGGACAAAUGGUUUUUAAGAAGAUAUCAGUAGAGAAAAGGGCAUGAUUGCACCAGGAAUGUCACUUAGUCUUAAUAUUAAAUUUUUUGCGUCUUCUUUUUCCGAAUUUAGAGAUGAAAUCACAUUCAUUUCAGAAGAAAAUAUUUUCAAGAUUCCUAUCAUAGCAUAGAAAGAAGCACCACUAAUUAAUUUACCUGAAAUUCUUGAUUGUUAAAGUUGCUGGCUAGGAGAUUAGACAGAUAUGGUUUUUAAAAUUGUUAACAAGGGUGGAGAGGCUGGGUUUAAAUUUUUUUGUGAAGACUCAUCCCGAGAUGCUAAAUAAAUUGGAGAUACUUUACAAACAGAAUGCUUUACUAUUUAUCCCUCUGAAUUUUAUAUUUAAAAAAAUGAAAUUAUUGAUAUAUAUGUUACUUUUACACCUAAGAAAGAGGGAGUUACUAUGGAAAAAGUUAUUCUUGCUUGUGACAAUUUAACCUCAGCUGUGUACACACUGAAAGGUACAGGAAAUAUGGCAGAAUUAGGAAUACAUGGAAUAGAUCAUGUUAUACUCAGUGAGAUACCUGAGGUUAACUAGCUAGAUCCCUAAACUGUUGUUAAAAAAAUAUUCUUCAACGAUGCCUACCCAGGUACUGUAGUUUCAAGAUAUAUCAGCAUUUAAAAUAAAGCAUAAGUUAGAGUUAAAUAUCAUUGGUCUGUAAGUAAAACAGAUGUCCGCUAAUCAAGACUAAGCAUCGAUAAACCUGAAGAUUACUGUUUUAGUAUUGAACCUUUUUAAGGAUAUUUUGAACCAAAUGAGAUAAAAAGAUUUAAAGUGUCAUUUUCAUCUCGUGAUCCAACACCAAUAUUUGAAUUUGCAAAUCUUAUUAUAGAUGACAUAUCCAUAUAAUGUAUCAGAAAUCCACCAGAAUCAAUUAUAAGAUCUAAUCAGAUUCCUUAAAUUUUACAAUUUGAAGAGUAAAAGCAAGGUGAUUUGACAAACAGGGAGUUAGUUUUUAAUGAUGAUGGAAUUGUUUCAUCUGGAGAUUAAUUGCAUAUUGGAAAGUAAAUUGUUAAACCAGGUUUUUUAGGUAGUAAUACAGAUAGGUCUAGUUUAACAUAUUUUGAAUUUGAGCUAAUCGGUCUUUCUACUUAUUCUUAAGUAAGUAUAGAUCCUCCUUUUUAUGUUUUUCCUGGCUAGCUUUUUGUUAACAAGCUCUAUUAUAAAGAAUUUAAUCUCAUCAAUCAUUCUGAUUCAGAAAUUUAAUUUAAUAUUUCAGUAUGUGAAGCUUAUAAUCAUUAAGCAAGCAUAGUAGGUGAUAUCAAAGAUUAGAGUGGAGUCAUAGGACCAAAGUAAGUAAAAGCCGUAACAGUCGGUUUUAUAUCGAAAGAAGUAAAAAAUAACAAAUCUAUAACUUUCAGAGUCGAUUUUGAUAAAGCACAUUCUCAAAUGAUGGAACUCAUAGGAGAUUUUAUUGGACCAAGUGUUAGUUUUAAUGUGCCUAUGAUUAAUUUUGGAUUAUUUAAGGCAGGCGAUGUUGCAAAAUAUAAACUUGAAUUAAAAAAUAGCAGUGAUGUAGAGGCAGAAGUACUUUUUAAAGAAAGCAAGUAGUAGGAUAGAUCUUUUGAUGAUCAUAAAGAAAUCAUUUUAAGAAGAUUAGAAAAUGAAAAAGCUAAUUCUGAUCAAAGUUUUCUAUAUAUAAGAGAUGAAAAUGAGAAAUUUUACAAAAAAGCUAUUGAAAGGGUUUGCUUUUACCCACCAAUAGCAACCAUCCCACCAAAAGGUAAAAUUGAAGUUGAAGUUAAGUGUGGUUGUGAAGAUGCGUGCUAAAUUAAUUAAAUAAUUGAAUUAAUGGUAAAAUCUGGGAAGAGUAUUUUCAUAGAAUUAACAGCAGAAAUUUAAAAAAUACAUGUCACUUUGAAUAGGUUUUUUAUGUAAUCUGAAACUCUUUAUGCUUGCAACUAAUACAGCUUUGUAAAAGGCAAGACUCCAUUAUACAUAGAGUUGUAAAACUUAGGCAAUAUACCUUGUCCAUUUGAAUGGGAAACUGAGGCAAAUGAAUAAGUUUAAAAAAGAGAUCACAUUAAAUAUAAUUUUAUACCUGUGAAAGGAGUCAUUCCACCAAAAUCUAAACUUCCAAUAAAAUUUGAAUUGCAGCCAUUAGAAGGCGGAUAAUUAAAUGAAAUAUUUGUUUUAAAUUGCUAGGGAAUUUAACAUCCUUUAGGGUUUGAGUUUAAAGCAGAUGUUUUUGGGCUUAGCGUUGAAUAUGAGCUUUUAGAUAGUAAUGUUUAAAAUAUUCAUCAUAAUUAAAACCCUCUAGAAGCUAGUGUUAAUGCUAUAGUAGGAAAAAGUCACAUAAAAUCUAUGAUUUCAGAUGCUAAAACUUAAACAUAAAAUAAGAAUUAAAAAUUAGAAGCUCUUGAAUUUUAUGAUUGCAAAAUAAAUAAGCCAAAGACAAUAAAAAUUUGCAUAAAAAAUACAUCAGGAGUAAACACAACAUUUGAACUAUUCACUUCAAAAUAUGAACCUUUUAUGAACGAUGAAGUAAAAUCUCCAACUUCAGCCCUAUAUCUAAACUCAAUAGCUGAAGACCUUAGUCUAAUUUCUGGUCUUCAAAGCUAAAAUUUAACUGGAAAAUUUUCUCCAAUGAAUUUCGAGGAUAUUAAUAAUAAUAAUUAAAAUAAGGCUAUAAGAUUUUCAUAAAGUAUUAACUCUGUUCCCUCACAAAUAGUAAAAAGAGAAUCUAUGAUAAGGAUAAAUAAAAAAUCUCUUAAACCUUUACCUCCAAGGCCUGUAGUAUUACUGACAGAUGAUAUAGAGAAAAAGAAUAACUUUACAUCUAAUUCAGGAUAAGCGCUAAAUCAAACCAAGCGUUUAGAAAAAGAUUAAAGAAUAUAUUUAGCUAAUAAUAAAGGAAUUGCAAUAUUGUGUGAACCAAAUAAAGGAAAACUAAAACCUCAUAGCGAAGUAGUAAUAAAAAUAACUUGCUUCAAUGAUAUAUGUGGUAGUUUUAAAGAUGAACUUUCUAUCGAUGUCAAAGGAUUACCUAUUUAAAAAUUCCCUCUUGUUGUUGAAGUUAAAGGGUCGCCUGUAAUAGUUUUACCAAGUUAAUUAGGUAUGAAUUAUAAAGGCGAUUGGCCUUGCUUUAACUUUGGAACAUAUAUGAAAAAUAUUUCAGUUAUGAAGAGAGAGUUUAAAAUAUAAAAUUCAGGUCCUAAAGAUAUAACUAUGGACUGGAAGCUCUUCAAUCUCGAUGAACAAAAAGAAGUAAAUGACUUCUUCAAAAUUAAAGUUGAAGAUCCUCAUUUAGGAACUGAUAAUGUUUGCUAAUUGAAAUUCGAACCCAUAGAACCCAAAGAGGCUGAAUAAAGUCCAUUUAAAAUAAUUGAAAGGUCAGUUCUAAUUGAUGGAAGAUAAGACAAGUCUAUUCAAAUAGAGUAUGAGUCUUAAUAAGAAGCUAAUUACAAUUAUGUAAUGGUUGGAAAACCAAGAUUAGUCAAUCCUAGAGAAAGUCAAACAUUUAUAGAGUAAGAUGGCAUGAAUCUCGAAGACCACCCUCUGCUAAAUAUGGGAACAAUAGCAGUUUAUCUUAAAGCAUAAUCUCUGUAUCCCCAGUUAUACUUUGAUAAAUUGAAAAAUGUUGAGGGUUCUCAUAAGCUCAAAUUUUAGAAGUGGGCUUUAUAAGAAACUAAGAAAUAAACAAAAGAAAUAUGCCUUGUUAAUUUGCUUUAGUGUAAUUUAUUAUUUAGCAUAUCGAUUGUUGGUCCAUUUAAGUUGGUUUAAAGUGCAACAAAUUCUCCUGCUAAAUUUGAUCAGCAAAAGACAACCAAGCUUGUUAUUAAAGAUAAAAAUGAAAUAGAAACAAAAUUCAAUUUAGUUUAGAAUAGCAAUAUCAAGCUAAAAAUUAACUUCUCAGGUGCAGACAUUAAUGAUACUGAAGAAUGGCCUCUCACCUAUAAAGUAUAUAAGUAUGGUGUCCUGCAAUUUAAUUACAUAAAUGGAGACUCAUAAACAAUAGAACUUGAGGGAUAAUUACUAAGACCUUAAUUACAACUAAAUACUUCAGGUACUGAAGAUGUUUAAGGAGUUGAUAUUUAGGACUUUGGAACAGUACACAUAAAUAAUUUCAAAACUGUUGUUAUUUUCUUAAGCAAUGUCUCUAAAGUUCCUGCUAUUUGGAAACUAAACCAUCUUAAAACUACAGUAAGAAGGGGAGGUUCAGCUAUACCAUAAAACACAAUGACUAAAUUAGAAUUAGAAGACUCUCUAAGAACAGAUGAUCCUAGUGUGUUUGAAUUUUAAAUGACAGAAGGAACUUUAAAUGGUCCUUCAAUUCCAGUAAAAAGCUUCCCAGAUACAUUAGCUCUUCCCACAAAAAAGAUAAAUGCGAUUCUUCAUUAAUAAUAGUUAUAUCCCUAAAAAAUCUACAUAAACUUUAGACCAAAGACAAAUAUCCUGUAUAAAAGUAAAUUCAGAAUAACUGUUUAAGAAGGUCCAUGCUUAGACUUUACAUUAAAAGGAUUAGGAUCAUAUGAAGAAAAUAAAUUUAAAUGA